AUGCCCCAGCAAAACGGUAAAGUCAUUAGAAACCAUGAAGGUCAUUUGCUAGAGCUUAUGGAUGAGGACGUUCAGUCAGUAAAUGCAUUCAAAACAAGGAUUAUGCUAUCCCGAGAAGAUGACUCUAGUACAUCGGAGCACGUUGUAAAGAAACAGAAGCGUCAUGGUGCUGAAAAUGACAAUUGUACUGUAGACAAAACUCCCGUCGAUCAAAAUACAAUCCCCGUGAGUGAAGACGAAUUUAGACAGUAUCAUCAAGCCAAGAGCAGAGUCAGAGAGUUCUAUCGUGAGCAACACGAGAAGCAAACGAUGGCGUUUAAUCUGCAAGCGAGAGUUAAUUUCAAGACGAAGUCUAGGGCAAGAAUGACCAUAUGGGAAGCUCUUUGUAAGCUCAGUAUGCUUAUCGACGAUUCUGAUCCUGAUACCGAGCUGUCGCAAAUAGACCACGCUCUGCAAACUGCAGAAGCCAUACGAGCAGACGGGAAACCACGCUGGAUGCAACUAGUUGGGCUCAUUCACGACCUGGGCAAGAUCCUAUAUUUUUUUGAUAGCGAGGGCCAAUGGGACGUUGUAGGGGACACGUUCCCAAUAGGGUGUCAAUUUGCGGAUGAGAUCAUCUUUCAAGAGUUCUUCAAAGGAAAUCCGGAUGAUUCACAUCCUAUUUACUCCUCAAAAUUGGGGAUAUAUGAAGAUAAUUGUGGCUUGAACUCUGUUAUGAUCUCGUGGGGGCAUGACGAAUACAUGUAUUACAUUGCCAAGAGUCAGUCCACAUUAAACGAAAAAGCUCUGGCCAUGAUCCGCUACCACUCGUUUUACCCUUGGCACAGGGAAGGAGCCUACCGCUACUUAAUGAACAAAAAGGACUACGAAAUGUUAAGUGAGGUACAAGCGUUCAACCGGUAUGACUUGUAUUCGAAGAACCUGACAAAAUAUGAUCUCAAGGAACUCCAGCCAUAUUAUCUUGAUUUGAUAGAUGAAUUCUUUCCCAAGAAACAUAUAGAUUUUUGA